AUGGAUACACUACCAGACGGAUUUGUUGAAAUUUAUUUAGUAGACGUGGAAGAACAUGAAAGAAAAUUUUGUGAAAAGUAUCAUCUCAAACCAGGUGACACUUUUGAUGACAAUUUAACAUUUUUACUAUUCCCAUCAGAUGAUGCCUAUGAUUUGGAUGAAAAUUUUAUAAAAUCUAUUAAGGAAAAGCAAGAGAGGUUGUCCUCAUCGCUUAAGGCUCACUCAGCGGACACUUCUCAAAAACAACCUAGAAAGCCCAUCAAUUUAAUUUUAAUAGACAGUACUUGGCAACAAGCGAAACAUGUACUAAAACGAUUAUGCCAGAAAGAAGCUUUGCAACGUGCAAAAUUUGAUCAAAGUAAGGUUGUGCAUCUCUAUGAGCAAAAAGAACCAAUUUUUAACUCUCUAAGGAAACAAACAGAGAAAGACAGAACCUCAACCCUGGAAUGUGCCUUGCUAUGCAUGUUUUUAUUUGAUUUAUACAGCAAUGAGUUCAGCAAACCAUUAAUUCAUAACUUGAAAACAUUGGUAGUAUUAAUGCACAAGAUGUGUCAUAAGGCAUUGGAUCUACCCAAGCAUUAA